AUGAAUGACUCCAAUUUCUGCAAGAUGAUUUGCAUGAAAAGGACUCUAUGCUGGAAAUACAAACUGGCUAGGAAUGGUAUCUUAGAAAGUGGAAAGGCAUUCAACAGACUCGAUGAAGCAGCACCCUCACAUUUGAAGACAGAAUGGUUAGCCAGGGAGAGGAUAGCUCAGUCAAGCAGAUUGAAUGAUCCUUCAGCCAUGGAUGAAUAUGAGAUUAAUAUCAAAAAGGCACCUAGCAAAAAGGAGAUCAAGCUUAGAUUGUUAGAGGAGGGUAACGCCCGCAAUGCAGCACCCUCUUGCAGAUCUGUGGCGACAUGGAUAUCAACAGGGUUAGCAAUUGAAGAGGCUCAGAUUGCAUUGCUCAUCGAGGUCCGAAGGAUCGGAAGAAGAUCCACCGAGACACAGAGAUUAGACAUGCCUGUCAACGAGAUCGGCUCCAAGGCCAGAUAG